AUGAGCCAUAACGCUUCUAGCGAGUCCGAUAACGGCUUUGACGACAUUCAGGACGUAGAUGUGGAUGUUUUAGACGCUCAAGACGUCCCUGAUGUCGAUGUACCAGAAAUGCAAGCGCAGGAUGCGCAAGAUGUUCUAGGUACGUUAGAUCAACAGGCUUCAAGCGAACACGCUUGUGCUUAUUGCGGUAUCGAUUCUCCUUCGUGUGUGGUGAAGUGUAACUCCUGCCGUCGUUGGUUUUGUAAUUCUAAGAACGGAGCUUCCACUUCACACAUUGUUAAUCAUUUGGUACUUGCACAUCACAACGUGGUUUCAUUGCAUCCAGAAUCUGAUUUGGGAGAUACAGUUUUAGAGUGUUACAAUUGUGGUUGUAAAAAUGUUUUCCUACUGGGUUUUGUCUCUGCAAGAGGUGAAGCUGUUGUAGUUUUACUAUGCCGUAUUCCCUGUGCACAGGCAAAGAACGCCAACUGGGAUACUGAACAAUGGCAACCAUUAAUUGAAAAUCGUCAGUUUUUGAACUGGGUUGCGGAAGAACCUAAUGAUGAGGAAAGAUUGGAGGCAAGACUUAUUACGCCAACACAAAUUUCUAAGUUAGAGGCCAAAUGGAAAUCUGAUAAAAAUGCUACUAUUAAUGAUAUAGAUGCUCCAGAGGAACAAGAAGAAAUUCCCUCUGCUCUUCUGCGUUACCAAGAUGCUUAUGAAUAUCAAAGGUCUUAUGGUCCGUUGAUCAAAUUGGAAGCUGAUUACGAUAAAACUUUGAAAGAAUCUCAAGCUUUAGAACACAUUUCUGUCACAUGGUCCUUAGGUUUGAACAACCGUCAUUUGGCAUCGUUUGCGCUUUCAACAUUCGAAUCAAACGAACUUAAGAUUGCAGUAGGUGAUGAGAUGAUUCUUCGUUAUUCCGGAUCUCUACAUCCAGAAUGGCACGGAAGAGGUUAUAUUGUACGCCCUCCAAAUAGUUUCCAAGACGAAUUCACCUUAGAGUUGAAACCCAGCAAAACGCCACCGCCAACUCAUUUGGGUACUGGAUUUACAGCUGAAUUCAUAUGGAAGGGUACGUCUUAUGAUAGAAUGCAAGAUGCUUUGAAAAAAUUUGCGUUAGAUAAAAAAUCCAUCUCCGGAUUUCUUUACUACAAAAUUUUAGGACAUCAAGUGGUCGAUAUAGCCUUUGAUGUCCCAUUGCCUAAAGAAUUCUCUAUUCCCUUUUUCGCACCACUAAAUGCUUCCCAAUCUCAUGCUGUGGAACAUGCUUUACAAAGACCACUCUCAUUGAUUCAAGGUCCACCUGGUACAGGUAAGACCGUGACAUCUGCUACCAUUGUUUACCACUUAUCAAAGCUUCACAAGGAUCGUAUCUUAGUGUGUGCACCAUCUAACGUUGCUGUAGACCAUUUAGCUGCAAAACUGCGUAUGUUAGGUCUGAAAGUUGUACGUUUAACCGCUAGGAGUAGAGAGGAUGUGGAAAGUUCCGUAUCAGAUUUAGCAUUGCACAAUCUAGUGUCAAGAUCAGCUAAGGGUGAGUUGAAGAAAUUAUUGAAAUUAAAAGAAGAAGUUGGUGAACUCUCUGUUAAGGACACCAAAAAAUUUGUGAAGAUGGUGAAAAUUGCAGAAUCUGACAUUUUAAAGAAAGCUGACGUUGUCUGUUGUACAUGUGUUGGUGCUGGUGAUAGACGUCUAGGUGCUAAAUUUAAAACCGUUCUAAUCGAUGAAAGUACUCAAGCAUCUGAACCUGAAUGUCUAAUACCUAUAGUAAAGGGGGCCAUCCAAGUAAUCCUUGUUGGUGAUCACCAGCAAUUGGGACCAGUUAUCUUAGAACGUAAGGCAGGUGAUGCUGGUUUGAAACAAUCGCUUUUUGAAAGGUUGAUCUCCUUAGGCCACGUUCCUCUACGUUUAGAAGUUCAAUAUCGUAUGAACCCCCACUUGAGUGAAUUUCCUAGCAAUAUGUUUUACGAAGGUAGUCUCCAAAAUGGUGUAACUAUAGAACAACGUACUGUUCCUAAUAGUACUUUCCCAUGGCCUAUUCAUGAGGUUCCUAUGAUGUUUUGGGCUAAUUACGGUAGAGAAGAGAUUUCUGCCAAUGGUACAUCUUACUUGAACCGUAUUGAAGCUAUGAACUGUGAACGUAUCAUAACACGACUGUUCAAAGAUGGGGUGAAACCAGAACAGAUUGGUGUUAUUACACCUUAUGAAGGUCAAAGAGCUUACAUUUUGCAGUACAUGCAAAUGAAUGGGUCUUUAGACACAGACCUUUAUGUCAACGUAGAGGUUGCUUCUGUGGAUGCUUUUCAGGGUCGUGAAAAAGACUACAUUAUUUUGUCCUGUGUACGUGCUAAUGACCAGCAGUCAAUCGGGUUCUUAAGCGAUUCUCGUCGUAUGAAUGUUGGUUUGACUCGUGCUAAAUAUGGGUUAGUGAUCCUCGGUAACCCAAGAGCGUUGUCUACAAACGUUUUAUGGAAUAAUCUGCUGAUCCAUUUCAGAGAAAAAGGUUGUCUAGUGGAAGGUUCUUUGAACAAUUUACAACUCUGUACUGUGCAACUAACCAGAGUUCGUCAACAUAAGAAAGGACGCCAGGACAAAUUCCCAUUUAAUUUGGGCCCGGAAGUUGGUGAAUUUUCUUCAUCCAACGAUUUCGAUACCCAGAGCUUAAUGUCGUUUGGUGGCCAAGCAGAUACUUUCAAUGAUGUAUACGCGGCUACUAACGAACUUGCAUCAUAUUUGAAUAACGAAGCGUGGAAUGCUAAAGAGUACAGGCCCUCGACUGACAAAAAAUCAACUCAACAGAAAGAAGACGUGACUGCAGAACUGAACAAGCAAGUCGAAUCAUUAAAUAUAUAG